CUGAGCGCCAGGGCCCGUCACGAGAAACACUUCCAGAGUGGUUUUUAAGGUGCGCACGGCUGCGUACGAGCGAGCGAAACCAACUCGCUCUGGGGGUUUAAACACGCCUUUCGCAAAACCGCGGCUCUCCCUCCUCCGACUGAGCGCCCACAGAGGGGAAAAGCACCCCGGAUGGGCCUGCGGGGGAACCGCUGCGGAUGGGAGGAUUUGGGGAGCCCUGGCUGGUCGGGCCCGGCCCCACGGCCCGGCCUGCGGGGUACCGGCGGCCCCGUCCCCAUGGCGACCACGUCCCCGCGCGCGGGGCCGGGACAACCGGCCCGCCCGCCAAUCUCACGCCGGACCGUCGGGGCUGCGCCUGCGCACUAGGAAAAGCGCAGCGCCGCUCCUCUCCGGCGCGGUACCGCUUCCGGGACCGUGACCUUCGCCGCGGGAGGCCGGGUGAGCGCGGUGCGGGGCCUUCCCUUCGGCACCCCUUCCCCCCGGUGCCUUGGGACCGCGGGCAGGGCGGCGUCGGGCCCCGCUGUGGAAGCGGCGAGGCGCGGCGGGGUUUCGCAGCCGGCCGCGGUUGAACAAUCCCCCCCCCCCCCAUUUCCGUUCAGGUCGGCGGCGAAGAUGUCGGCGCCAACGAUGGAGGAGAGGAAGGCGUGCUGGGGGGCCCGGGACGAGUUCUGGCAGUGCUUGGAUAGGCACGCGGACGACGCCUCCAAGUGCGAGAAGCUGCGGCUGUCCUUCGAGUCGCGGUGCCCGCAGCAGUGGGUGAGCAGCCGCCGCCCCCUGCGCUCGGCCCCCCGCAGCUCCCGCCGCAGCAACCAGAGCGUUCCUGUCCCUGCGCGGUGGUGCCGGGGCGUCCCCGAGUGAAACAUUUUGACAAAAGAAGAGACUUUUUAAAAUACAAGAAAAAGCUUGAAACAGAAGGGUAUCAUCCUCCAGAGGCUGAUGGAAAGUCUUAGGUACUCUGCUUUCAAAAUAAAUCUAGUGAGGAUAACUAUGGAAGCAAGAAGCACGAGCAAACGACAGGAGCUGCUUGAGCUCAAGAGCUGGUAAUCCGAUUGUCUCCCUGAAACGCAAGCUGCUGUUCUUGGUGCAAGGUCUCGUGUCUGCUGAAAAAAGAUGGUCAUGGACAGCUUUUUCUUAAGUCUAAGUCAAAGAAACAUGGUGCAGGGCUGUUCACAAAUCUCCUUUGAAUAUAUAAUUGGUCAAAUUGUUUCACAGGAAUAAAUGAUUAUUUACUAGUGUAAUGUACAUAUUCUAAAGAGAGCAAUAAAAUUGUUUUUCAAUAAGUGAACCAGCUUUUCCUAAAAAAAAAAAAAAAAAAUCCACUUUCCCCUGCUUGUCAAAAGGUGGUAUAAUGUAAUUUGUAUUUGAAAGUUAAACUGUAUUUAAAAUACAAAGUCAGACAUCAGUUUCUAAAACAACAGGCAGUAGAACACCUAAUGCAUCCUGUGCAUGAUAUGUAAUUUAGAUACUUUGAGUAUGCUUAUAAAAAAAUGAGCAAUAGGAAUUUUUACAUUAGUUGUAACAGUGUUCAAGCAGUAUUGCUGUUAGAAGUAUGGCAGUUAUUUAUCAUGAUUCUCACAUUAUGGCCUUUUGUAUAAUUCAUUUUUGAUGACCUUACUGAUGCAACUCCAUUUAAAGAUACAGACUGUUUACAACAGGAUUAGUAAACUUGACCAUGAAAGGCAUUUAAACAAGGGGCAGCAUUUAAUGUACCAAUGUAAGUUAAUUCACCUUGCAAAAAUUAUAUAAUCUAGUAUAUCUGGAUGCUGGAGGCAUUAAACAUUUUGGCUACAGGAAGUUUAGACUGUGGCUGUAGGAAGGUACUUCAAUUUCAAGCGUGGUCAUCA